AUGGCUCUCACCGUGAGCAGCGGUGGCGGAGGAGCUACAAUCCGCUGCAUCGACCUCACCGAUUCUUCUCGUAUUCCUUUCUCCACCACCAGACUCGUAAACCUCCCUUAUCCAUCACGAACCGGUCUUCACAUCGUCUCUGCCGCCAAAAAACCCUCUUCCCAAACCGGCCGGUUCGACAGCAAAAAACGUCGGACCCUCGUCCCGACGACGACGAAGGAACAACCGGAAGAAGAAAACAACGGCGCCUACGACGGCGAGAAACCGCCGUCUCAGAUCGAAAUCGACGACGGAGAAGAUAGGUUUGCGGUGAACACCCGAUUCAGAGGUGAUCCUAAAGACGCACCCAAGUUCUUUAUUAAGGAUCUUCCUGGGCUUGAACCUGAUCCUUUUGAAGGUCCUCAAUGGGAUGGUUUAGGGUUCUUUGUUCAAUACUUGUGGGCUUUUGGAAUCCUUUUCGCGUUAGUCUCCGGUGGAAUUGCGGCGGGGACUUAUAACGAAGGUGCGACGGAUUUCAAGGAGACGCCGGUUUAUAAAGAAGCGAUUCAGUCUCGUGAUCUUCUUGAUGAAGCAGAGAGUUCAAACUCUGAAGAUGUGUUCGAGUCUAACCCAACAGAAGUGGCUCCUAGUUUGGAGUAA